AUGCAAGGAUAUACCCAGGCCAUCUCCUCCCCCGCAAGGCCGCCCCGUGCACUCUUCAUCGCCGACAUCCUCCAUCUUAUAUUCGACCACACCACCACGCGUUCACUCGCCGCUUGCACUCGUAUAUGUAAAGCAUGGUUUAUCCCCGCUAUCAGUGUGUUGUGGAGACGCGCUACUAGGGCGAGAGGGAUAUGCGAAGCGAUCGAUCUAGCUAAUGAGCCCUCAUGGGACAGAGCCAAACGAGCACGAGCGAUCUUCUAUCUUUCUCACGUUGUGACACUCGAGUUUGCCCUCACAGACGAACCCGACUACUUCCACGAACCCUACGCCAUCACCACCCCCUCUCUCCAAAUGCUCGCUUUCCUCCCCUUCCCCGCCCUCAACUCGCUGAUAUUCAGCCUUCCCCACCCUGGAAAGCUUGCAAUAGCCCUUGCACUCGCACGUCCCGAGACGCAUACCGUCCGACUCCUCCUAUUGGAUACACCGCCCGAUAGCACGACUAUACCACUCCUCGCUCUCCUUCCUGCAUUACGCGAACUCGGGCUCUUCGUUCAACGACAGGAAACGCACUGGCCAGGCCCCCGGAUGCUUGACGCCCUCCCCCAACUCCGCUCCGUGCGGAAAUUUCACUUAAAAGGUACCACCCUGGCGUUGGAUCAUAUCCGCUCCUUGGGGCGUAUGGAGCGGCUCGAGGAGUUGCUCCUGACUCUCUCUCAGGACGGUCCUCCCUCGCCCCUACCGGCAUCCGCUCUUCUCCCCGGUAUAUUAGCUCCUCGACCACAGGAAAAUGCCUUCCCCUCUCUCAAAAGCAUAGAAGCGCACAACAGUACCCCGCUCUUCCCCAUUCUCCAGCUCCUCGCCUCGCUCUCCUCCACCACCCCUCUCGAGCAGCUUAUCCUCCGCAUGAUCUGGACCGACCCGGCCUUGCAUCAUGCGCUCCUCAAGCUACUAGAAGGGAGACGAGGACUGCGAGAACUUCCCUGGGGACUGCUGAGUGCGCCAGAACCGGCGAUCCCGCUGUACGGAGAGCUGGUACAAGAAGCGUACACCUUCCACCCCCUCGCACGCCUACCAGAGUUAAGGAUCUUAGACCUAACCCUUACUUCCCACACGCCGCGCUUCCUCCCCUGCCUCACCCGUUCCCUACUGCAAGAGCUGGCAUCCCUGUCCCACCUCCAAGAGCUGAGAUUGGUCACUUUCGACUACUCGUUCCACUACCUGUCGCUCGAACAUAAUCCAGGGAUCGCCCUCGGAGAUCUGGGGCUGCUGGCACAAGGAUGUAGGGAACUUCGUGUCCUUCAAGUGGAGUUCUACGCCCCCGAAGCGAUCGACACUCGUCUACCACACGACAACCGUAUCACUAUUGGCGCAAGCACUGACGCCAACAGUACCAACGCCUGGCUCCCCCCACCGCACCCUCUCCCCUCUCUCCGCCGUCUUCUUCUCGCCUGGUCCCGCCUCCCUCCGCCUUCCCCCAGGCUAACAGCAGCAGCGAAGUGGACUGCAGUUUCCUUCCCUAACGCUCGCCUUGGAUGGGGAAGAUGGGCGCAUGAGGGUAUGGAUGUAGAAGAUGGGGUUUGGGAGGGGCCUUUCGGAGAAUUGCUGGGGGAGGGAGGAGGACCAGAGGCGCGCAUGGAUGAGGCGGUUGCGCCAGGGGCCGGAGCAGCUCAGGAUGCGGGCCACGCUGCGCCGGUCCAACCUAUGCCAGCCGAUGGGGUGCAGGGAGGGCAAACAGAGCACAGGGAGGGACAGGACGUAGGCUAUGCAGGUAUCCACCUGGCCCGGAGGCGGGCGAGGGCCUUUGCGUUGGAGGUCGAGAUGUGGCAGAGGGUGUAUAGGGAGGGAAGGUGGGAAGGGGAGGAGCAGGGUGUUGGACUGUGUGGAUGA